CUGUACUGGGUUUUGUUCUCAAGCUCUAGCUGUAGCUCAUUGCUUUCAGAGAUGAGGGGAGUCUGGAAAAAACAUAAAACGGGUAGAUGGGUUGAGCUCUUUGAAUGUCAAAAAACCAACCCAGUAUAGCAGUUCCCUUCACAUCUAGAAAGCUAGGGUUUCUUGUUUUGCAUAUUGCUACUACAGCCUACAAAUGUUCUCUUCCACCACCAACAUCAGCCCUUUUGCUCACCUUCCUUCUUCCUCUUACCCAUCUCUUCCUACUCUCACAUCUCAGGAUUCUGGUGACGUACUCCUUCACCUCCAUCAUGAUCUGCUCUCCAGAGCAAUAUUGGUACCUGAUAAUCCUCAGAUAACUGAGUAUUUAAUUGGCAUGCCAAUUUUAAAUAAUCCCACAAUGACAAAAAAGGUGGAUGUUAUUCACACCCUGAAUGGAGGUUUUCUUGAUGGAUCUGGUUUUCUUCCCCAGAAGAAGCCUGCGAAGAAAGACCGGCACAGCAAGAUUUGUACGGCUCAAGGGGUGAGAGAUCGGAGGGUGAGACUGUCCAUAGAAAUAGCCCGCGAGUUCUUUGAUCUCCAGGACAUGUUAGGGUUCGACAAAGCAAGCAAAACCCUAGGGUGGCUACUCACCAAGUCAAAAAGUGCCAUUAAGGAGCUGGCAAAGAUGAAAGGUAUCCGUAAUGCUAGUUCUUUCACUUCUGAGUGUGAAGUGGCGUCUGAAGGUGGUGAACUAGGGCGUGCUGUUUCAAGAAGCGAGGCCCUUCUGGGUGUUUUUAACGAGAAGAAGAUGAAAAAGUCGCAGAAAGCUUCAACCAUCCAUCUUCCUGCUAAAGAGUCAAGGGAGAAGGCCAGAGCAAGGGCAAGGGAAAGGGCUAGAGAGAAGAUGUUUACCCCGGGGAUUCAUGACUUGAAAACAUUUCCUGAAACAAGCCCUGAAAUCUUGAACCAGUUCAAGAGCCAUAACAUUCUGCCUCAAGAAGUUGAAGAACUUGGCUCUAACCUGGCACAAAGGGAACUGGACUUUGUUCAGAAAAGGAAGAUGCCAACUGCAAUUUCGGGUUAUCACCAAAAUCCCUACUUUCCUGAUUUUCCUAAUAAUUGGAACAUCAAUGGUGAAGUAGGACAUUCUACCAUUUCUGCUGUAACUAAUUUGUAUCUGUAGCUACAGGACUUCAAGUCAGUGGCAACCCCUGAGGGGCUUGUCCAACAGCCACCUCUCUAUGUCUCUACCCUUCAUGAUGCAGCAUAUAUAUAUAUAGAGAGAGAGAGAAAAAGUAAGCUAUAUGUAUGUGUUAAUUUGUUUUUCCUUUGAAUUUUGUAAAAGAAAAUUAAAAUAUAUAUUUACUUUAUAUUAUAAUGAAUCUGCUUUACCGAUUUGUAUUUCUGAAUUGCUACAUUAUGCAGUUGAAUUUAUAAUGAAAAUAAGUUUUUUAA